AUGUCUGCCUCGUCAGACCGCGAUCACAAACCGUCGUUGCCCAAGUUCGAGCCAUUGCCGCCGACCAAUUUCCUCAAUAGACUGAUCAAUCGCAUCCUCGCUCCGCUCUUCUACCUGGUCUUCACCCUCAUCACCAGCAUCGUCAUCGUACCAAUCUAUGUCAUGAUAGACAGCUUCAGGCAUGGCCGCAACAAGUCUGGGGGCCAGCGAGGCGCAAGGGACGAAUCCACAAAGUACCCGGGCCAAGCAGACAAGACCAACAAGAUCUCCAGCUUUCUGCGCGAAUAUGGACAGAGCUAUGGCGGGACGAGGAAGUCCGGGAAGACGUGA